CUUCCUUGAAUCUGGAUUUUGUCUUAAAGUAAUUGGAAUAGGGACUGUUGUGUUGAUUAAUGUACUAAUUCUAGAAAGCGAAGGAGUUUGAAUGCAUUGACUUGUAUGCUUCUGCAGUCGCCCAUGGCGCUCCCUUUUUCUUCAACUGACUUUCACCACAACCCGUUGCUCAGAAUCCUGUACUUAACAUAUAUACAGUGGGCGUAGAAGUAAAACCUUCUAGUUCAUGUUAAUGGGUUCAAUGGAGAUGGAGAAUAUGAGAGCAGAAACCGUUGGAGAAGAGAAAGUGGAUCAAGAAAAGCAGAUGGGUUUGGAGGAAAAUAGCUCGAGCAAUCAGAAUAUCAAGAAUAAGGAAAUAAGGAAGCAGAAGAAGAGGAGGUAUCGUUUUAUUCCGAGAUUUGGGUGUAUGAGAUUAGACGACGGUGUUCCGGCGGCGGAGCAACCGGAUGCAGCCGGGGGUUUCGACGUGGAAGCCGGUUGCAACGGGAGGAAUCACCUGCCGACCCAUCUGGUUGUUAUGGUCAAUGGAAUUAUUGGAAGUGCUCAAAAUUGGAGGUAUGCUGCAAAGCAAUUCGUGAAGGCGUACCCGAAUGAUGUGCUAGUACAUUGCAGUGAGUCUAAUUCUUCAAUGUUGACAUUUGAUGGGGUUGAUGUUAUGGGGAAGAGAUUAGCAGAUGAGGUGAUUUCUGUUGUCAAUCGUCAUCCAAAUCUUCAGAAGAUUUCUUUUGUAGGCCACUCACUUGGUGGCUUGAUAGCAAGAUAUGCUAUUGCAGAGCUUCAUCGACGAGAUUUAAUGUCAAAACCUGGUGAAGAAAAUGGUGAAUAUGGUGAGGAUGAGUCUCACAAGUCAUCUUUAGAAGAAAAACCAAUGGGAAAUAUUGCUGGACUUGAACCUGUAAACUUCAUUACCUGUGCAACACCACAUCUUGGUUCCAGAGGGCAUAAACAGGUUCCAGUGUUCUGUGGGUUUUACAGCAUGGAGAAAGUAGCAUCACGGGCUUCAUGGUUACUUGGUAGAACAGGCAGACAUCUGUUCUUGAGUGAUUGUGAUGAGGGGAAACCUCCUCUUCUGCUUAGGAUGAGCAGUGACUCUGAAGACCUUAAGUUCAUAUCUGCUUUGCAGUUGUUUAAGAGGCGUAUUGCCUAUUCAAAUGCACAAUAUGACCAUCUAGUUGGAUGGAGUUCAGCAUCAUUGCGUCGCCGGAAUGAACUCCCAAAGCGUAGGAGUCUUCUGAAAAAUGCUAAAUACCCGCACAUUGUCAAUGAGGAGAAAUCAUAUACGGCGAAUGCUCCACAAGAAGUUUCUUUGAAAGCCAAAGUUGCUAGACGCAGGACCUCUGAAAUGGAAGAGACAAUGCUCAAAGGAUUAACAAGACUGAGUUGGGAACGUGUUGAUGUCAGCUUCAAAGGAAGUAUGCAAAGACUUCUUGCACACAAUACAAUACAGGUUAAGACUUACUGUAUCAAUUCUGCUGGCGCUGAUGUUAUACAGCACAUGAUCGACAAUUUUCAACAGUAGACAGAUUUCCAGUUAUACAAACAUGGUUCAUCACACGGCUAGGCAAGUUCGUAAUGCUAGCAAUUCUUUGAUGGAUUAUUUGCAAAUAUCACAAGCUGGAAUGCGAAAACAUCUUUAGAUCAGGCUACAAAUUGAGGCCUGUACAGUACAUACACCAAAGCUUGGAGUCUCGAAAGGACCUGUAAAAUAGUUGUAGUGAAUUUGAACUUCUACAUGUAACCACCGUUACUUUAGCAGCAAUUUUACUCAUGUUGUUGCUGAGACAGAGUAUAGAUUUAACAUUAUGUCAUUCCAUUUUGGGAUAAUUACAUCUAUACUUUUGACUUAUGAUU